AUGGUUAUCAUCCGAAAGUCCCAGACUUCCAACUUCUACCUACGCUCAAAGUUCCUGCCGCAGAAUCUGCACUUCAACAAUUUACCAAAACUUGGAAACAAGUUCACGAGGCCUUAUUUAAGACAUCUAAGAGGUAUACGACCUAUGCGGAUCUGUAGCGAAAAGCUGUACCAAGCCUUAAGGCUUUUCCACAGGUACAGAGACUUGGCACCACAACUUGUUCCAGAUGACUACACAAAUAAACCAGAUGUGAGGAUUCCUUAUGAACUUAUAGGCAGCAUGCCAGAACUCAAGGAUAACCCCUUCCGCCAGCGGAUAGCUGAAGUAUUCUCUGAGGAUGGAGAAGGAAACAUGACACUAGAUGAUUUCCUGGACAUGUUCUCUGUGCUUAGUGAAAUGGCUCCCCGUGAUCUUAAAGCUUACUAUGCAUUCAAAAUAUAUGAUUUCAAUAAUGAUGAUUACAUCUGUAAAUCAGACCUGGAAAAGACACUUAACAAGCUUACUCGGAAUGAGUUAACACCAGAGGAAGUGUGUCUGGUGUGUGAGAAGGUGAUAGACGAAGCUGAUGUAGACAAUGAUGGAAAGCUGUCAUUGGAGGAUUUCCAGCAUAUGAUUGUUAGAGCACCAGACUUUCUGAGCAUAUACCCACAGAAACGUGCACUUGCCCAGAUUAUGCAAGAUGACAUGGAUACCGACUCUGAUAUGGCAGACGUGCGGGACGGCAUCCCUUGCAAAAGGGUUGUAGCUAAUGAUUGA